AUGGGUAGGUAAAAUUAUGGUGAGAAAGUUUCCGCUUUAUCUCCUGAUUUGGCAAAGUGCGCUAAUCUAUUAACUUUAAAUCUUAAUUUAAUGGAAAAUGGAAUUGGCAAUAAGGGAAUAACAACCCUAGGUUUAGCUUUGGAAAAAUGCAUUCAUCUCUUUAAUUUAACUCUAGAUGUUGGCUACAAUUAAAUUGGUCAUCGUGGUGCAUCAUAUUUAGGUAUUUCUUUGGCUAAUUGUAAAUAACUCUCAAGUUUAGUGCUUGGCCUUCGUAAGAAUAAAUUGGGUAGUAAAGGACUCUCAAAUCUUAGUUCAGGUCUGGCAAAUUGCACAAAUAUCACAAAAUUAAUACUUGAUGUUGGUGAGAAUAGAAUUAAAGCAAAAGGAGCAAUAAGUUUAGGGACUGCUUUAGCAAAUUUAUCUAAUCUCUCAACUUUAUAACUUUGUUUUGGGUUUUCAAAUAUUGUGAAUAUGCUCUACAACAAUUUGUCUGAAGUAUAAAACAAAAUUAGUGAUGAAGGUUUGUCAUACUUAGUUACUUCAUUAGAAAAAUGCAAUAAACUCUCAACUUUGAUAUUAGAUCUUUCCUACAAUUCCAUUCAUACCUAGGGUAUAAUAUCUUUAGGCUGUGCUUUAGCAAAUUAUUCUAAUUUGACAGCUUUAUAACUAAAAUUAGUCUUCAAUUCUAUUUAAAGUGAAGGAGUUUUAAGUUUAUUUUCUUCUUUGAAAAAUUGCAGCAAUCUUUCAUUUUUAUAAAUCGGUUUAGAGCAAAAUAAGAUUAAAUCUAAACAUAACAGCUCUUUAUACUAGAAAAUAAAUAAAAUAAAUUAACUAGUAAUAUAUCUGUUGCUAUUAGAUGAUUAUCAAUAUUCUUCGUAAGGAGAAAGUGAAAAAGAAGAAGAUUCUAAUGAAGAAGAUAAUAAGAUUGAAAGUAAUAGCUAUGUUUCAGGAAGUGAAAAUAACUCUAAUGAAUAUGAUAGUGAUAUUUCUGGUGAAGAUGACUUAAGGGUUAAUAAUGAUGAUUGA